AUGGAUUCCGUAUUAAAUUUUGAUAUUUCGUCGAUUGUCUAUCGUUAUGUAGAAAAGCAUGAGCAGCAACAGGUAAUAGAUUUGGUGUAUCCGAUUUUUAAAACUAAUCAUGAUGUGGAAAAACGUUACUUUUCAUUGGAUGCAUCACCGUAUUAUCAAGAAGGUGAUACAUUAGGUGCAUGGCACAAUGAUAAAUUAGUGAGCAUAGUACAUAUUCGACGUUUGACAUUACGAUCAAACGAGAACAAUGAGAAAUAUUUAUGUGGUGGUUUGGGUAAUGUGGCUACCGUAGGCGAAUAUCGAAGACACGGUCUAUCUCGACAUCUCUUACAAAUGGCUAUUGAUAGAAUGGAGAAAAGCAAUGAAUUCGAUAUUUCAAUGUUGACUACGGAGAAACAUAGUCAUUACACGGUUCUAGGAUGGGAACCAGUACCUUAUCCCUCGCAAAUCAUUAUCGACUGGAAAAAUAUCACUUCGUCCAGUACAGAUGCUGAAUGGCGUUCAGCAUCUAAUGUUUCGUCUGAAGAUAUUGAGCUCUUGCUCAAGAUUCAUUCUAAUAAUCCACGUAUCUAUCAGAUUGAUCGAUCUCCAUCCACGCUGUUCCAACAUUGGGUGAAAAUGAGAUGGCAAAACAAUGCCGCUAUUGUCUGUCUGUAUGAACAUGAGAAAGAACAAGGUUAUGCAGUGAUUGGCAAACCCGACAGUGAAAAUGAUAUAUGUGUGUUGGAGUGGCGAGCGCCAAAUGUCAAUCUUGAGAAGAAACUGUUGUCUCAAGCGGCAGCAGAGAUUCGACAACGUCAUGGAUCAACAAAACCUAUUCGUUUGCUCGCAUUACCACAAUACAUGACGAUUGAUGAGUUGACUGAAUGGGCUGGUCCUCUUCAAAUCAGGACCAAGCAAAAUUUAAUGAUGCGUAAUAUUCGAUUACCAAAAGAGGUGUAUGGGAAGAUCAAAUUUGCUUACUCAGAAGGUUAUACU